GCGGUUAGGUCCAAACUCCUGCUGCCGACGGACAGCCCCGGCUCCGGAGAAGUAUGGCUCGGGUUUGCAUGCUGGCCCUGGCGGCUGUGCUGCUUAUGAUCUUUGCCUGUGUCUCCAGAUCCGAUGGCCAGAAGGACAGGGGCGCCCCGCGAAUCCCUGCUCAGUUCAGCGAAGAGGAGCUCGUCGGGAUGAAAGAGGCGCUCAAAGGUGCCAUCCAGAUUCCAACAGUGUCUUUUAGCCAUGAGGAAUCCAACACUACAGCCCUGACUGAGUUUGGAGAAUACAUUCGCAAAGUUUUUCCUAAAGUGUUCAGCACCAGCUUUGUCCAACAUGAAGUCGUGGGACAGUACAGCCACCUGCUCACUGUACAAGGCUCAGACCCCAGCUUGCAGCCCUACAUGCUGUUGGCUCACUUUGACGUGGUGCCUGCCCCUGAAGAUGGCUGGGAAGUGCCCCCGUUCUCUGGGCUGGAACGCGAUGGCUUCAUCCAUGGACGGGGCACACUGGACAACAAGAACUCCGUGAUGGCAAUCCUGCAGGCCUUGGAGCUCCUACUGAUCAGAAACUAUAUCCCACAGAGAUCGUUCUUCAUUUCACUGGGCCAUGAUGAGGAGGUCUCGGGGAUGAAAGGAGCUCUGAAGAUCUCAGCACUGCUGCAGGCAAGGGGUGUCAAGCUAGCCUUCCUUGUGGAUGAGGGUAGCUUCGUCUUGGAUGGUUUUAUUCCUAGCCUCAAGAAGCCUUUUGCCAUGGUUUCAGUCUCAGAGAAGGGGGCACUUGACCUCCUGCUGAAAGUAAAUAUGACUCCGGGCCACUCUUCAGCUCCUCCGAAGGAGACAAGCAUUGGUAUCCUGUCUGCUGCUGUCAGCCGACUAGAGAAGACACCAAUGCCAAACAUGUUCGGAAGUGGGCCAUUGAAGAUGACAAUAAAGCAACUGGCAAAUGAGUUUCCCUUUCCUACCAAUGUGGUCUUGAACAAUCUGUGGCUAUUUCAACCCCUUGUAGGCAGGCUAAUGGAAAGAAAUCAUAUAACCAAUGCUCUGGUCAGGACCACCACGGCGCUCACCAUGUUCAAUGCAGGGAUCAAGGUGAAUGUCAUCCCCUCCAUGGCCCAGGCAACAAUCAACUUCCGGAUCCACCCUGCACAGACAGUCCACGAGGUUCUAGAACUGGUCAAGAAUAUUGUGGCUGAUGACAGAGUCCAAUUGCACGUGUUAAGGGCCUUUGACCCCCCACCCAUCAGCCCCUCCGAUGACCAGGCCUUUGGCUACCAGCUGCUCCGCCAGACCAUACAGUCCAUCUUCCCGGAAAUCAACAUUGUUGCCCCCGGUAUUUCUAUUGCCAACACAGACAGCCGGCACUACACCAACCUCACUACUGGCGUAUAUCUGUUCAACCCCAUCUGCCUGCAACCUCAGGACUUCCGUAGCAUCCACGGACUCAACGAGAAAAUCUCAAUCCAGGCGUAUGAGACCCAGGUGAAAUUCAUCUUUGAGCUGAUCCAGAAUGCUGACACGUACAAGACAUCAGUUCCUCACCAGCAUGAACUGUGAGAGGAAGGAGCCAGCUGAGUUAGGACUAACCAGGGGCCAGGACUAACCAACGGGGGAAAAGCAAGUAUUAAUGAAAGUUUUGGUCAAAACCACAUUGUAAUAUACAGCUCACCUGCCUGGCUCACUCCUAAACUCACCCAAGAACAAGACCAGGAGUGAAGGAAGAUGAGCAAAAGUUUGGCUUCUCUUUUCCUCCCAUAUUCUGCAUCCCCCUCACUGCCAUUAGCUGCCUUCUUGUCCCUCCUGUCUUAGAAAGUGUCCACUUGGGGCUGGGAAGGUGGCUCAGUGGUAGAGCGCUUGCCUUGCAUGCAUGAGGCCCUGGGUUC